UCUCGGUGCCACGGCGGAUCACCGCGCUGCAGCUCUGGCAGGAGAUCGUCAAGGUGCACCCCAGGCUUGCUGUCAUCCAAGAUCAAGUAGUUUUUGCUGUUCGGCAGGAGUACGUGAUUCUUGGAGAUCAGCUCCUGGUCCUGCAGCCCGGAGACGAGGUUGCCAUCAUCCCACCAAUUAGUGGAGGAUGAAUCUACCCAAGUUCUGUUAGCUUUUCUAGUGAGCUAUGGAUGAAAGGGAAGACGUGCCAAAAGAUUUUAUCAAGCUCAAGUCUGAAAAGCUCUCUGUAGACGAAGUGUCAGAGCUGGUCAUUUCACCCUGCUGUGGGGCAGUGUCUCUGUUCAUUGGUACAACAAGAAAUAAUUUUGAAGGGAAAAAAGUGAUUCACUUAGAAUAUGAAGCAUAUACUUCAAUGGCAGAGACCGAAAUAAUGAAAAUCUGCAGAGAUGUUAGACAGAAAUGGCCAUCAGUCAAACAUAUUGCAGUGCACCAUAGACUUGGUGUGGUUCCAAUAACUGAAGCAAGUGUAAUUAUUGCAGUCUCCUCUCCACAUAGAGCAGAAUCCCUUGAAGCUGUAAUGUACUGCAUCAAUACCUUAAAAGCGUCUGUCCCAAUAUGGAAAAAGGAGAUUUAUGAGGAUGAAUAUUCUUGGAAAGAAAACAAGGAAUGCUUCUGGGCAAAUGCAGGAAAAUAACUGAACUCUUUCAAAAAUAAAGUGUUACUGUUUCUAAU